CUCCACAGGAUGAGACGUGAGGCUGGGCUUCUGAAGUCACGGCUCCCUCUACAGUUUGCACGGCGGAAAUUUUCCAUCCAGUGCAGAGGGAAAACAAUCAAACUGAGCUGGAGAGAAGUGAACAGUCGGGAGGACGCAGCGGGGGGACCCACGUCCGUCCUGGAGAUUACUGUAGCCGCUGCUGCAGUCUGACUUGGGACUCGUGCGUCUGGAGAAAUGCGUAAAAACAUCAUCCACAGCUGCAGAUUUCCCCCCUUUUUUCACAUGAGGACUCUGCUUCAACCUGGAGCCUGAUACAACUGUUUCCUGCGCGGACAAUGGGGAAAAUGUGUCAUUCUUUGCAUACUUGAGGAGUGACGACAACUUCUUUCCUCCUUUUUUUCCCCGGACUUCUCCUUUUUAUAAUCAAAGCCACAUCCGUAAAAAAAAAAAAGACAGUGGAUUAAAGACGACACACAUGGAUCGGGAUGCGCAGUUUUAAGCAGCGGACAGUGUGGAGACUCUGCAGCGGGGAGACCCAGCGAGGAUGACGGUGGUGGUGAUGAUGAUCUCGUCCGCGGAUGGUGCAGCUCGGUCGGGCUGCGCACGGAGCCUCGCGGCGGCUGUGAUUGGACCGGAUACAGACUGGGGCUGACGAAUGUUUGUUUGUCCGCGAGGAGAUGUUUCUUUUUGGACGGGGAGGAGAUCGAUACUAGUUUGUGGUGGCGCACGCGUGAAGGGGGGGGAGAUGCUUCGGCACGAGAACACGCAUCACUAUGAGGACGCAGGGAAAAAAAUGUCACCAGGAGUGGAUUUAAAUUGAAAAGCAGACCAAAGAGAGGAGCAGACCUCCCUCACAUCUGAUGUUUUUGGAAUUUUAAUGUUUUCCUGCGUCUACAAACUGGAUAUGGAUAAUGUUUGCUUUUGCACUAAAGUUUUUUCCCCUCUUUUCUUGACCAUCAUGCGUCAGACUGUGGUGGCACAGGAUUUUUUAAAUGCCAAUGUAUGGACUAUUAAACAACUAUAACAUACCAUGAACUAUAAUUCUGAAAUCACAAGUUAUGGGACAGCCAUUUAAAGGAAGAACGCUUCAGCAUUUUUGAAAACUAGUUUUUAAAAAAAGAACUCACAUCUGCCAGACAGCAUGGCUGAUACCUGGAGGCUAUAUUCUGUUUUCCCCUUUUUCUUCACUAUGACACUGCAUUGCUUUUUGAGAAAUCAGUUUUAUGGACUAUUAUGUCUCUGAAAAAAGACUUAAAUCCUGAAACCACAACUUCAAAAUUUGACGGGACACUAUAUCAAUGUAUUUUUUUUAAAUGAAAGAAAAGACUUUGAAAUCCAGUAAAAUGCAUUCACAGAUGCCUGGCAACAUGGCUGUGAACUGGGUGGUGUAUUCUGUUUUUUUACUACCACUCUUCGCAGUGGGGACUGCUUUCUCCGGUGUCUUCAAUGCCACAGACAGAGACGUUUUCACGGAUGACUUGCUGCAGGUCAAGCUCACACAAGACAAAGCGGCCGAGCAGUGGAAACUCCAGUCUGCUGACUCGCAUCCAAACCUGUACUUUAACCAAGUUGAUGUGCUGCACUUGAGGCAGAAGUCCUCCACCACCCACAGUCACAUAUUUAAAGUCAUCCGGGCGGCUGUGCUCACCAUGCUUUCUAAUGUUCCCGUUUACAUGCCUCCCGUGAAACACGAGGAGUUUACAAGCAAGUGGAAUGAGAUUUAUGGGAACAACCUGCCCCCUCUAGCUCUCUACUGCCUGCUGUGCCCCGAGGACUCAGCUGCUCUGCAGUUUCUUAUCAAGUUUAUGGACAGAAUGGCUGAAUAUCCUGACUGGAAGGUUACCAGUGCGCCUAAUGAUGAGGUGCCCAUGGCACACUCUCUCACUGGUUUCGCUACAGCUUAUGACUUCAUCUACUCUCGACUGGAUGAGAACAGACAACGUGUUUACCUCAAGAAAAUCCGCUCUGAGACCGUAGAGCUGUACGAACUCUCCAAGUACAGAGGCUGGGGGAAACAGUAUCUCCAAAAUCAUCAAACUACAAAUAUAUUAGCCAUCCUGACUGGUGCAAUAGUGGUCGGCUCGCACGAUGACCCAGAGUCCAUGAUAUGGAAACAAGUGGCGGUGAACUACAUGGAGAAAACGAUGUUUCUCCUGAAUCACGUCGUCGACGGCUCCCUGGAUGAGGGAGUCGCCUACGGGAGCUACACGGCCAAGUCCAUCACGCAGUACGUCUUCUUAGCUCAGCGCCACUUCAGCAUCGACAACACGCAGAACAACUGGCUGCGGGGACACUUCUUCUUCUAUUACGCCACACUGUUACCGGGCUUUCAGAGGACCGUUGGCAUAGCGGACUCUAACUACAACUGGUUCUACGGGCCAGAGAGCCAGCUUGUUUUCCUUGACACGUUUGUCAUGAGGAACGGCACGGGUAACUGGCUGGCUCAGCAGAUUAGAAAGCACCGACCCAAGGACGGCCCCAUGGGGCAGUCGUCGGCUCAGCGCUGGGCUACACUUCACACAGAAUACAUCUGGUACAACUCGCACCUCACGCCGCUGCCCCCCAAUGAUUUUGGCAAAGCGAGGAUGCAUAUUUUCUCAAACUGGGGUGUGGUUACCUAUGGAGCAGGUCUUCCCAACGGUCAGGGUAACACUUUUGUCUCCUUUAAGUCGAGCAGGCUGGGAGGCCGAGCCGUAUAUGACAUUGUCCAUGACAAGCCUUACUCCUGGGUGGAUGGCUGGAACAGCUUUAACCCGGGUCACGAGCACCCAGACCAGAACUCCUUCACGUUUGCUCCUAAUGGACAAGUAUUUGUGUCUGAAGCACUUUAUGGCCCAAAGUACAGCUACCUGAACAAUGUUUUGGUGUUCAGCCCCUCUCCCACCAGCCUGUGCAACAGUCCGUGGGAGGGUCAGCUGGGGGAGUGUGCAAAGUGGCUGCGCUGGACUGAUGAAGGUGUAGGUGAUGCUCGAGGGGAGGUAAUUGUCGCCUCCUCACACAGAGACACCAUGUUUGUGAGUGGGGAGGCUGUGUUGGCGUACUCCCCUGCAAUGAGACUGAAGAGUGUUUUCAGAGCCUUGGUGCUGCUCAACUCACAGACACUGCUGGUGCUCGACCACGUUGAGAAGCGGGACGAUUCGCCCGUGAAGUCCUUCAGCGCUUUUUUCCACAAUCUUGACAUUGACUUCAAAUAUGUUCCUUUCAGAUUCAUGGACAAAUACAACGGCGCCAUGAUGGACGUGUGGGAUGCUCAUUAUAAAAUGUUCUGGUUCAACACCCAGGGUCACAGCCCCGACUCCAGGAUACAGGAGGCAGAGCAGGCGGCCGAGUUUAAAAAGAGGUGGACUCAGUACGUCAACGUCACUUUCCCGAUGACGGGCACAGUCAGCAGAGUCGCUUAUGUCUUACACGGGCCGUACGUCAAAGUGUCCAGCUGUAAAUUUGUAGAUAAUAGCAAAAAUGGGGUGAGGCUUUCUUUAACCAUCAAUAACACAGAGAGGAUAGUCUCCAUUGCUACAAACUAUAAAGACAUAGGCGCAAGGUUGAAUUAUUUAGGAUUUGGAGGUCACUGUAAAGUUGAGGACAGAUAUCAAAUCACUCGAUUUGGCCUUGGGACUCAACUCAUCCCCAAACAAAUUAGCAGCGAUAAUCAGCUGUUUGACUUUGGUUUCACAGUCAACGUAAUAGCCGGGGUUGUUCUCUGUGUGGCCAUAGGCUUUCUGACCAUGCAGAGAAAGUUUUACGUCUGCUUCAGCAAGUUGAUGCGUUACGCGCUGCUCUCUGUGCUCAUCCUGUGGAUCGCAGAGCUGCUGUUUGUGUCAAACAGCUGCGAUCAGCUUCUCUGCGGGGUAAAAUGGAAAGGUGUGGGUGCCAAAAGCGAGGUAAACAAACAGAUCAGACUGUACGAGCAGCACCGGCUCCCCCUCCCCACUGUUGUCAUAACAACCCUGCCUGGAUCGGGGUCAGAAAUACUCAAACAUCUUUUUUAUAACAACUCGGACUUUGUUUACAUUAGGGUUCCCACCGAGCACAUGGACAUUCCCGAGACUGAGUUUGAGUUUGACUCCGUGGUCGAUGCCUGUGAGUGGUCAAGGUCAGACGCAGAGCGCGGACGGUUUAAGGUUAUUCAGGGCUGGUUUCAUUCGCUGGUCCAAAACACCAAGCUGCACUUGCAAAACAUUCAGCUGGUGGAGGGCAGCAGAGUGAAACAGCCUCAGAAAGUUGCCUCCCCCAGGGACAGAAAGAAACGGUCCAGGAGACGGGAGCAGGCGUCUGAGCUGAAGGGCAAACUGAAAGCCAGUCUAGACAGAGAUGCAGAGUAUGUCAGGGAGAUGAGACGCCAUGUUGCGGAGUAUCCUGAUGCACGGGUCGUCCUCAGCAUGCGCAGUGGAAGCUGGGCGCUCAAACUGCCGUUCGUUCAGGAGGUGGUGGGACACUCUUUGAGGUCGAUCUACUUGGUGAGAGACCCCCGAGCGUGGGUUUACCUCAUGCUUUACAACAGCAAACCCAGCCUGUAUUCCCUUAAAAACAUCCCACAGCACCUUUCCUUGAUAUUCAAGAGGGACGUCGGGAGGGACGGGUGCCCGAGUGUGGCACCAGAGUUUAAAAUGAUCCAGAGGCUGCUGUCCCGUUCCGAGACGAACCCGGUCUUGAUCCUGGCUCAUCUGUGGCUGGCUCACACCGCCGCAGUAAUGCGAGUCAGCGAGAGCCUCCCAGAGGAGACCUACCUCCAAGUGAGGUUUGAGGAUGUGGUCAAUUUCCCGCAGGAGACGGCGGAAAACAUACACACGUUCCUGGGGGUGCCCGUGUCGCCCACAGCCCUCAACCAGCUCAUCUUCACCACCUCCACGAACCUGUACAAUCUGAUGUAUGAAGGAGACAUUUCACCAGCCAAUAUAAACAUGUGGAGACGGAACAUGCCUCGCAAGGACAUGAGACUCGUCGAGGACGUGUGCGGAAGUGUCAUGAAGAGGCUGGGUUACACCCGGUUUGCUAGUUAACUCACUGCUGCUGGUCAGCUGAUGUUGAGCUGUCUAGUUUACUGUAGCUGCCAUGGACUUUUCUUUUUGCACUGACUUAAUUAAAUUUAAAAAAAAAACAAGGGAGAUUCUAAAAGUUAACUGCGUAGCAUUUCUGUCUCUAGGUUGUUUUUGUAUUUGUUUUGAGGGGACGUAUGGUGUUGUACUGGCUACAUGAACAGAUGUUAGCGAGGGAGGAAUAUUUUACAUUAAAAUAGGUGAAAAGGGAGCUUCUGUUUUGUUUUUGUUUUUUUUUUCGUCAGCAGCACUUGUAGAGCUUCUUUUAUAGAGUGAAACUUUAGACCUCUGCUUCAGACGGAUGCCACUGAAUUUCAGCCUAAUUUCCAUGAUAUUGCAGCAUUCAAGAACAGCUCAGUUUCUCAGUGAGAGAUUAUUUACUGUGUCUUAGUAAGAGAUGAAAAGCAAGUGGGUUUUUUUCCUGCCUCUGUUGCUAAUCUGUGGUGUCUGAUUUUUUUUUUUUUAAGGGAAUCAAGGGAAGUUCACAUCAGAUUUGUCAUUAAGAUCAUUAAGAAAUAAGACUUGUAAUUAUUAACAGGCUCGGUUUGUAGCUUUGGGAGGCGGAUUUGGCUGUCGUGGAUUUUAAUAUGGGAGUGUUUUGAGUGCCAUUUCCCUUUAAAACUGUAAAUAAAUGCUGCAGUGUACAGACUCAAAGCCAAGCAGAGGGCAACAAGAUGACAGUCAUGCUUUAUUGUUAUGAUGCAGACAUAUAUGGAUUGUAUUUUCAUUACAUCAGUAGAAGGAUUUUUUUUUUUUCUCAGCUCAAUGAUGUCAUGACAGUUUGGCGACUUAGCACUUUCACUGGGACUCUUUUGAUUGUACGUGGGAUUCAGUGCUUUUUUCCAAAGCUAACUUUUACUGUGCGUACUUGAUAAGCCUGGGAAUCUCAAACCUCGGAAGAUAAUAAGGUCUCAAAGAAGGAAAGUUCUAAGUAUUUAUGGACUCCAAAGACGCAUAUCCCAAAGGAUCGAGAAUUAAUACGAUUAUUAUAACUCCCUUUGGCAUUUAUUGAAUUAGAUGAGAGGGAAGUGCUAAAUGGGGGAUCAAACUGGGAAGGAAAAAAAAAAAUCUCAUCUGUCAGCCUUGACACAUUUCUCGUCAAAGCAAUUUCCAAAGCAUCCCCCUCAGCUACUCAUAUUAAUCUGUAAAAAAAAGAAACGCCACAACGGAGGCUUAUCCUGUGUUAUAUUGCAGUGCUAUCUUCACUCUUAACGGCCUGCAGGAAAUUCACACAGGACAAGUUUCCAUUUCCUGUUGUGGUCAAUCAGAUAUUCAAUGAUCUCUGUGCGCCCCUUUGUCUUGAAGGAGUUCGAGCUCAAUGUUUUGGAAAUAAAUGUACUUUAAAAAAAAAGAAGUUAGAGACCAUUUCUACUCUGUGAUGAAAAAAAAAAGUAUAACCCUUCAGUAACCUCUUGCCGAAAAAGGAGAUCACAUAUUCUAUAUAAGUGGCGCACUCGAUUAUAGACAUCUGUAUGCAAAUAAAACAACAUACUUUUGGGAAAUCUCCAUCUUCUCUUAGUUAGAAACAGUCCCGUUUGGUUGUUUUUUGUUUUUUUUUCUUUCCUCUCGAUGAACAGCAAAACCCUUGACUGCCUGGAAAGCCCGUUUGAUGUUUGUGGUCUUUGAAUGUGUAGACUUGGCAGACAUGCUUUCACUUUGGUGUUGCAAUCCUGUAACCAACUCUGUUUUGUAUUUGCUUGUGGGGAUAUGCUUCUGUGGCCUUGAAUUACAAUCAUUUCUCUACAACGGUUUUUCUGUGGGCUCUGGAGCGGGACAUGAAGAUGAAAUGUAAAGAGAAAAAAAAUAAUAAUAAAUUCAUAAAUAUACUGGCAACCGGGAGUGCUCGUACUGUAUGUGAUUACAUGACAUCAGCUCCUAUUAGCUGCAGACACUGGUUGCACUCGUGUUAAACCAACUAUUAUCCAUCACAACAAAGGACAGAACAUGUAUUUUAAUUUGCACAUGCUUUCUUUGACUGCGGUCUCGGUGUCUUAUUACGUCGCAGAGAAGUCUCCGUUUGUAUUAGACACGGAUGGCGGCGGCCUAAUUGCUUACUGUAUAGGGGUGACGUGCGUGACAAGGAGGAACCGACAAUUAAAAACAUGUCAAGUGAGAUUCAUCUGUCGGGCUCCGACUGAGACGGGAACUAAACAUGAGCAGGUUUAGGGAGAAAGAGAGAGAGAGAGAGAGAGCAGCUCGCAGCAUCUCAUGUUUCAUAUCGGUCUCAGUGAGUCAGUCAUUUCAUUACUCAUUUGUUCUUUAUCCCCUCCUUCCUGCAAUGCUCCAGUGCCUGGCAGCGUCCUGUAUGUCUAAUCCCUCCAUGCAGAGGCACAUUAUUCAUUGAAAAAAGAAAAGGGGAGGGAAAAAAAGAAAAAAAAAAACCUUGGGAAAAUGCUUUGGUCGGGAGGUUUUCUACAAGUCCAGACUUGCACUCACUGGCUGUUACUUAUCCCGAGUCAUCCUGGGAUCUGCGGGUAAUUAAAGCCACUGGUGCAUAAAUAACAUCAGUAUCAAUAUAGAUUAUACAGAGGAAUAACAUUUUAGUUACAUUGUGCCCCCUUAUACCUUUUAUAGCAUCUAUUAUUAAUUGAUUUUACGACCCCAAUUUCUCCUGUUAUAACUUUUUUUUUUAUUGGAUUGGAAAAGUUACUUAAGUGAUCAUGGAUAAUUAAUUGUUUACAGUCGAUCAACAUGUAUUCAUUACCGCUGGGUUGCCAGGUUGUGCUUAUUGCCUCUAUUUAUGUUGCGGUGUGCAUAAGUAACUCAGUGCUCUGUUACUUUACACUUGAAAUCCACUCGGUUUCAAGCCCAUUAACUUUAAUGUACUUUUACCAUGUGGUUGUUUCAUCAACCCUUGUUUUAAAUUGCACAUUAAGUUGUUAUGAUUAUAAAAUAAAGAAUAACUCCUC